AUGAAUGCCAUAGAACCAGCGGUGAAGAACCUCCACGCCUUGUCAAGAUCCAACUUCAAAGAGCCAAGAAUCGGAAACUAUGAAAAUACCCAAGAAGACAACCUCUUUAUGCCUAAAGAAAUCACAAAUCGCAUAAAGAUUCAAUCCUCAAGAACGAAGUGGGGGUUUAAUGAGGAAGGGUGCAAUUCCAGCGUUGUCGCGGCUUGCUUAGCAAUAGUUGCGGCCAAUGUGAAGUCCGUCAUUGCUGAGAGGAUAUCUGACAACUACCCCCAGCUUGAGGAUGAAGAACUAUACCGUUAUGCACGGCUGGUGACAUCUGCAGUCAUUGCGAAGAUCCACACCAUCGAUUGGACAGCCGAGUUGCUUAAAAUGGAUACUCUCCGUGCCGGAAUGCAAGCUAAUUGGUACGGAUUGCUUGGGAAGACAUACAAGGACCAUUUUGGGCAUACCGGGAAUUCAAUUCUGAGUAGGUUCGUUGGGAUACGAAAACCCGAGAACGACGGUGUCACCUAUUCACUUACAGAGGAAUUUGUAAGUGUUUAUAGAAUGCAUUCUCUUCUACCUGAUGAGAUCUUGUUAAGAGAUAUAGACUCACUCCAGGGUAGAACAAGUCCCCUCCUAUCCUUAAACGGUAUGUUUAUCCACGCCUUUUUCAUAAGUAUAUACAUAGCGCGAUACAACCAAUUUCGAAGGAAUAUGCUUAUGCGGCCGAUCGCGAAAUGGGAAGAUCUUACCAAUGAUAAGGAAGCUAUCGCUGUCCUUCGUGAAGUCUACGGUGAGGAUGUAGAGAGCCUGGAUUUGCUAGUUGGGCUCAUGGCUGAGAAGAAGAUCAAUGGCUUUGCGAUCAGCGAGACUGCCUUCUUCAUCUUCCUUCUCAUGGCACCGAGGAGAUUGAAAGCAGAUCGAUUUUUCACGAGCAACUUCGACGAGGAGACGUAUACCAAAGAAGGCCUGAAGUGGGUGAACACGACUGAGAGCCUGAAGGACGUGCUCGGCCGCCACUAUCCUCAUAUGGUCGAUAAAUGGCUGAAUUCUACGAGUGCAUUCUCCGUUUGGGAUUCGAAUCCGUCACCAAGAAACUACAUUCCCAUCUACCUUCGGAUUCCUCGUUAAGUGAUCAGUCAUUGUAUUACUGUAGCUUUUAUUACUAAAUAAAAUUUGUGAAUUUGCCUUUCUAUAAAUUA